AUGUCCGUGAACGCCAUUUCUGCGCAGGACUGCAUGGAGGAAGAAUCCGCGGUGGACGAGUGUUAUCGGCCGUUGUCUGCCGAAGAAAAGGGAGGCGAUGGUACCGAUGCCUUUGGUCCAGGCGGCGACGAAUUCGGUGACGAAGUUGAUGAUGGGGAAUUAGGGGUAAAGUCGGAUGCAGAGGAGAAUUUUGGGGAUAGCUUCUUUGACAACUGGGAAGAGAGAGCAGUGGACGGCGUAGCAGAGUUGCGGUGUGUAAAUUUCAAGGAAAUAACUGCAAAGGAGAGUAUGAUGUGUCAUUUUCUGGAUCGAUCGGUGGCAUUCUUGUUUUAUAGUUUGUAUGCAAAGAUGAAUGGUUUCGCUGUGAGGAAGAAUAAGAUUCGGCGAAAUGUGAGGAAUGAGAUUACUCAACAAGAAUUUGUAUGUUUCCGGCAAGGGUUUAGAGGAAUGGGGUCCGUUAACUACGGCAUGCGACACAAGCAUGAGCCAAAGGCGGAGACCAGAUGCGGUUGUGAGGCAGAGAUGCGCGUCCACGUGCACUCCGAAAGUGGUAGAUGGAUAAUAUCAUACUUUCAGGACUUUCACAACCACGAGAUGCUGGACGAUAGACUGACUUUCAUGCUACCGGGCCAUAGGAAAAUGGAUGCAGCCGCCCUGGAACAAAUGAACAUGAUGCUUAGAGUUGGGAUUAAAACCCCACAGAUUUAUUCAUCUUUUGUGCAGACUGCCGGGGGAUUCCAAAACCUUCCGUUUCUAAAGAGGGACAUGUAUAACCAGAUAGGGAAGCAACGGAGGAUCAUUGGCGGGGAUGCGACGGCUUGCCUUAAGUUCCUGGAGUCAACGGCGCAGGCUAAUCCUGGAAUGUUUGUGCGUUAUUUGGCGGACAAGGAUGGUCGUUUGGUGCACCUGUUUUGGUCGGAUAAUUGCAGUCAGCUGGAUUAUGAUUUGUUUGGGGAUGUGGUGGCAUUUGAUGCGACAUAUCGGAAGAAUAAGUAUAUGUGUCCACUGGUUGUGUUUUCUGGAGUGAAUCACCAUAACCAAAUGAUUGUGUUUGCCGCUGUGCUAGUUGCAAAUGAGAAUGAGCAGACUUACACAUGGUUGCUGCAACAGUUCCUGGACGCCAUGGAGAGCAAAGCACCUGGGUGUGUGAUAACAGAUGGGCAUGGAGCGAUGAAAAAGGCAAUCGAAGCAGUGUUUCCUGAGGCCUAUCACCGUUUGUGUGCGUGGCAUCUGCUGAGGAAUGCCACUUCUAACCUAAGCAACCCCAGAUUUACUUCUAAAUUUAAGAAAUGCAUGUUGUUCGAUUAUGAAGUGUGGGAGUUUGAAGAUCAUUGGCAUUAUAUGGUGGAUGCGCUUGGCCUGUCUGAUAAUCAAUGGGUUUCUGACUUUUACUCUAGGAGAAGGAUGUGGGCAACUGCACAUAUAAGGGGCAACUUCUUUGGGGGUUUUCGUACAACGUCAAGGUGUGAAGGAUUGCACUCAAUGCUGGGUAAAUUUGUGCAGUCUCGCCAUAAUUUGAGGGACUUUGUUGAGCAGUUUAUGCGUUGCAUAUCCCAAAUGAGGUCCAGGGAAGCACACUCUGAUCUGUUAUCCGUGGUUGGGGAACCAGUUCUACAGAGUCCAUUUCAUGAUUUGGAGAGGUCAGCAGCAAAGAAGCUGACCAGGGCAAUUUUCUUCAACUUCAGGCCCAUGUUUUUCCGCGCUUGCACACCGAAGGUACGAACACACACAUGGACCCAGACUUCUGAUACAUUCACUUUGUGUAGGUCAGCUAAUGUGCGUAGGGAGUGGCAAGUGUGUCACUAUAGUGACAGUAAUAGUUUCAAGUGCUCUUGCUUGCGAAUGGAGUCUCUUGGUAUACCGUGUGAUCACAUUGUAGCAGUGCUGGUACAUUUGGAGAUGACUGACAUACCAGAUAGUCUUGUUCUAGAUCGUUGGUCCAAGAGUGCUCGCCGUGUCGUAACGAAGCUGAAUUUGCGGACAUGA